AUGAUUCAGGACAGGGUGUUACAUAAUUGUUUUUCAAAAGAGAUAAUCAAGUCUAUUUGUGAUGAAAUUGGUAAAGAUGUGUUCGGUAUAUUAACUGAUGAGUCUACUGAUGUUUCCAAAAAUGAACAAAUGGCUAUAGUUUUGAGAUAUGUUGAUAGACUUAGGAUUGUAAAGGGAAGAUUUAUCGAAGUUGUUUACGUGUUGAAUACAUCCUCUUUGACUCUUAAAUCCGUCAUUAAUACCGUUUUUUCCAACAACUUGGCUAUCGAUCAGGUGAGGGGUAAAGGUUAUGAUGGAGCAAGUAAUAUGAGUGGUGCAUUCAACGGUUUCAAAUCUUUGAUUUUAAAUGAAAACAAUUCUGCACAUUAUAUACAUUGUUUUGUACACCAACUUCCAUUAGCGGUUGUGGCGGUUGCAAAGAAACACGAUGAUGUUGAAGAAUUCUUUGAACAAUUAGGUUUGGUGGUUACUGUCGUUUGUGGGUCUUGUAAGAGAAAAGACAUGAUACGAGAGAUGCAAAAAGAAAGAGUGACAGUUGAAAUUGAUAUUUGUGAAACUGAAACAGGAAGAGGGCUGAAUCAAGAGAAAUCUCUUGUUCAAGCUAGAGAUACUAGAUGGAUUCACAUUUUAGAACAAUUAUAA